CCUGAGGGAAGCUGGCGAGGUCAUAUUUUAGUCCUUUGGCUUGGAACGUAACCAUGUUUUAUAAGGAGCUUGACCGUGCCUGGUCUGUCAUUAGUUAGGGCAAUCGAAUCAAGGUUAAGUCAUCACCAUGCUGCAUGGCUCGAUUUUUUUAUUUGCUGAGACAAAUUUAACCUCAUGCGCUUGAGCUUUAUUUAACCUGGAACCCACGUGGCUAUAAAUACUCUGAUGUUGUGCUUCUCUAAUUGUAUGAUGGCCUCUCGAAAAGUCCAGGUCCGGUCCAAAAGCCACAAAGACUUACUGCUGGAAUAUUCAUGGUCUCUUCUUGACACCCCAUCCACCGGAAAUCCAUGGCAGUCGGUGGAUAUCGUCCUCCGGCAUGUAUUCUCAGUAAAUGCAAACAGCGCCUGUAAUAGCCUCGAGGACGCAUAUAUCCUCGAUUCUGGCCCGAACUCUGCGCCUCAAGAAUAUGGACCUGAAGCUUUCGGUUCACAUAAAGCAUUCCAGUUCUUCCUGCAAUGCUUGCGCGCCGCAACCACGUCCAGGCCACGUAUAGCGAAGCUCAUCGUGCCCUUGCAGAAAGGGCAUCUUGUCCGCUCAGACAUUAUUCCUCUGCGUCUUCGGGACUCCCAAUAUGUUGAGACGGCGGUCUCAUUUGCAGAGCCUUUUCAGAGCUACACAGGCUCCGCAAUUACACUUCUCGAUGCCAGCAACCUCCCUGAACUUUUCUCCGCGGCCACAGCCGGUCUUCUUUUGCAUCAUAAUGUAGACUCUGAUUCAUACACCGGCUUUGAGGCAUUGUCCCUAGCUGUUGAAUCAGACUUGGAGAACAGACUCUCAUUUCCGUGGACACUGUCUGAACCAAUACAUCGGAAAACACUAGUACUAGUUGAUGCAAAUAGCAGCCACCCCGAGGACGGAGUAGGCCUUUACCAUGCCGCUCGAGUGCUCGGCAUCGACAUCGUCGUGCUAGACAAUAAAGGGCACUGGCUCGAAGGGCCCGAGUAUGCACACUGGCGUGAAGCGUUCAUCCCGACACGUCUCACCAACCCACCCGAAGAAGACGUGGCUGACCGAAUUGUCGAAUCCGUGAAGGCAUACGGAAAGCCGGUGGAUGGCAUUGUCACGUUCGCGGACUCGUUCUGGCCUUAUAUCGCCCAAGCUGCGCCGCAGGUGGGCCUUCAGACAGCUUCACAGGCAGCACUAAGAAUCGCCACGAAUAAGUACCUCACGAGCGUAUUCGCCGGCCACCAAGCUUAUCGUGCGUCGAGCCUAGAUGAGGCUCUUGACAUCGCGAAGAAAACGGACAUCCCUUAUCCGCUUAUAGUCAAACCGUGCGAUGGCUGGAGCUCGGAAGGUGUAUCGCGUGUCGAUAACCUUGACGCGCUUACCAUGGCUGUCAACUCUAUCGAUGUGUCUCGCCACGGAACGGCAUUCGUCAUCGAGAAAUACUGUGAUGGCCCCGAAGUCGACAUCAAUUUCGUCCUCCUGGACGGCGAAGUCCUCUUCUUCGAGGUCUGCGAUGACCUCCCCAAGUCGGCAGAUAUCAAUGGACCCAGCAUAGGCUCGCUGCAUAACUUCCACGAGCUGAACAGCGUCUACCCGUCCGCUCUCCCGUCCCAGGAAAUCGACCUCCUUUGCAGAAGCUUCCUGGACACACUACUCAAGCUCGGUCUGAGGAACGGCGUAAUGCACCUCGAAGGCCGGGUCGAGUAUUCAUCAGUCGAGUACACGAAACAGAACAACAACAUCAUCGACCUGUCCCCGCGUGCUCCGACCCAGCAACCACCAACGCCCUGGCUCAUCGAGAUCAACCCCCGUCCUCUCGGCAUGACGGGGUCCCACAUUAUCGAAUCCACCUACGGAAUCGACUACUGGGGUCUGGCGCUGCUCAUCGCCGUCGGCGACAAGCCCCGUGUCCGUGCUCUAUCCCAGCCUUUUAAGCAUGGGCCCCAGUAUACCUGUGUCAUGGUCUUCAUUCCGGCCGACUACCCCAUAUAUUGUGAAGGCAUCUUUGACUCGGAUGAUAUUUGCGCAGACUUGAUAGCCCGCCGACCAGAUCUUGCGAAGCAGAUCAGUCGUUGUGCUUGUUUGGUCAAGCGGGGCCAGAUAAUUGCCCAUCCGAGUUCCGGCCGUCAUACCUUUUUGGCGUAUUUUAAUGUCUUUUCGAGGGUGGGGAGAAAGGAGGCACUCGAUUUGGCGAGAAAGGUUAGAGAGGAAGUGAGGUAUUCGUUUAUUUGAGGGCGGUUUGGGCUUUGUAUAGGCAGUGAUGCUGGAGUAGGAUUUAAGGUGAAUUAGUAAAUCUAUGGUGGAGAGGUUGAUGCGCUUAUAGAAGCUGUUGAUGGGAUCAAGGAGGGGUGCGAGAGUUCCUAUUCUAGUAUAUAUUUAGUUCUUCACCUCAAGAUCAUCUCGCUGCACUACAGGGACGAUGACCUUGUGGAUAAUGAUGGUUUAUGAAUA